UAUACACUUAGCUUUUAACAUGCUAGCUAAGAUGAGCUACAUGUCCGAACACCUGUCCAUCUUUCUAAUGACAGUGUUAGCUAACGUCAUGAACUAGCUUGAAGAACCGAAACAUGUCGUCAACCCCUUAAUUUGUUAAUUAUAGUUUUACAUCCGCGACGUUUUCAUUUAUUGGUUCAUUAACAAUUAUUGUGUGCACUGAAUUAAGAUAACAGCGCGCAACUUGCCCGCACCUGACUAACGUUACAGUAACUGAAACGGUAACACCAAGCUAGCUGUUAGACGAGAGAAGUUAACCGUUUAACUUUAGGUCACUUGUAAGAGAUACUUAAUGAUGCGGUUUGGCUGAGCAGAAACAAAAAAACUGGACGAGCUUGUUCCCCUCCUUAGGCACAGGACUGGGCUCAACACGUUCCUCGUUUGCCUUCUGCCUCACUGCUGGUGAAUGAUCUCGAUAAAACAACAAUGCAGAUUUUUGUGAAAACACUGACGGGUAAAACCAUCACCCUCGAGGUGGAGCCCAGCGACACUAUCGAGAAUGUCAAAGCCAAAAUCCAGGACAAAGAAGGUAUUCCACCUGAUCAGCAGCGUCUCAUCUUUGCUGGAAAGCAGCUCGAGGAUGGACGCACCCUGUCUGAUUAUAAUAUCCAGAAGGAGUCCACCCUCCAUCUCGUGCUGCGUCUGAGAGGCGGCAUCAUCGAGCCCUCUAUGAAACUGCUGGCCCAGAAGUACAACUGCGAGAAGAUGGUCUGCCGCAAGUGCUACGCUCGUUUACAUCCGCGUGCCCUAAACUGCCGCAAGAAGAAGUGUGGACAUACCAGUAACAUCAGACCCAAGAAGAAGCUGAAGUAGACAGCUGGAAUCAAUAAUCAGUAUUGUCAACAAGAUAUUUUGACAAGCAUGAUUGAUAAAUAAAUGGAUGAUUUCUCACUUGCAGUCCCCUGAGAAUAUUUUCUUGGUCUUCAGAUGUGUUCUGUAGCUACAUGUGACCAAAAAAUUUUCAGCCAAACUAGUUUGUUUAAACUUGAUUAUUGUUUUUCACAUUAUACAACUAGAAUUAAGAUGCAGAGGAUGGUUUCCAUGUGCUAUAUUGAUUUUACAAAUGAUUUAGAUUUAUCAAUCAAUACUUUUUUCCCUUGAUGUGACGAAAGGUGCACUGUAAACUGUGUCAGAGAAGUUACUGGGAUCAUGUUGGAUCUUAUUUGUGAAUGUGUAUAAUGUGAAAUUCUGUAAGCCUCAUUUACAAAAACAACGGAAGGAAGAUGCGUUCUCAGACACAACUAUUUUAACUUUGAUGUCUUAUUUUUCAUAACAUCUACAACUUAAAAAAAUGUCUUCUAUGUUUGUCCUCUAAGAAAUCUGCAACAGAUGAAAAGUAUGAACCGUUCUCAUUAUCCUUUUUAUUUAACAGUGUUUGUCCCUUAUGGUUUCCAGUAACUAUUUCCAGUGUUGGGGGGUGUAUAGUGAUGAAGACAAUCCGUUUGGGUUCAUGACAGAAUAACCUGAAUAAACAAACAGACCUUAAAGGACAACACAAUUUUUCAUACUAUUUUACUUUGUUUGUAUGUGGCGGACUCUGCCACCUUUCAAGCUGCAGACAGUGUUCUGGGGACCUAAUUUUCUUCUGAGAACAGGUUGUUUAUUCAGUUACAGAAAAAAAAAAUGUAUUAUUCAUUAAUAUUGCAAAUACUAUUAUUCUGAGUUUGAAUUUCUUCUCCAGAACUACACAGUGCCCCUCUGAGGUCAUCUGUAGUAAUGUGAGCAUUUGAAGCGCUGCUGUUUCACUUUGCCUGGCCAGAAAUAUCAUGGCAAUCAUCUGGUCACAAACCUGCCUCUCUGACCUCACAGUGCACUUUUCCAUGACGAUGCUUGUAGAUAACGACCACAUAAGUGACAAACAAAAAGAUAAUGUUUGGACUUCAUUUGUGGCUCGGUAUGACUUUUAAAUUUCAGUUCUUUUGUUCUGGUCAGUUUUGAAAGGAAAGGUAGAUAUAACUUGUAAUGUGAAGAUGCCUGACCAUGUGAUCACCAUCUUGUGGUGUGUUUACUUACUGUAUACUGUAUACUGUUUGUAUAUAUGUUUACAGCCUAUAAGACAGUAUACAUGCUUCUAUAUUGUUAAUGUAUAGUUUGUUUGCAGCCCAGUGUUGUAUAAUGACAAAUAACUCACCUUGAACCUUGAAUAUGAAUCACUUUCAUUCACUUGCUGAAUCUAUGGUAGAAAUAAAGUUCCUAAACCAGAGGGGCCACAGAGGAGAAACAAUAAACAUGAGAAAGAAAUCCA